AUGCAAUGCUCCCCGAGCCUGGUGCUCGCCCUCAGCUCCCUCCUGGGCGCCCUGGGCUUCCUGCUGCUCUGCCUCAACCUCCGUGCCCCGGCCAGGUACGGGAAACACCAGGAGAAGCCGGGCAAGCCCUGGGCCGGGGUGCCUGCCCGCUGCGCCUGGUUCCUGCAGGAGCUCCCCUCCUUCUUGGUGCCCGCGCUGCUGCUGGCGCUGCGCAGCCCGCCCCGCCUGGAGCCCCUGGGCUGCCGGCUGCUCUGCGGCAUGUUCUGCGGGCACUACUUCCAGAGGACGUUUAUUUACUCAUUCUUCACGAGAGGCAGACCUUUCCCACUGCAGAUACUACUCUUUGGCAUGCUAUUCUGUAUCUAUAAUGGUUUCCUUCAAGGGUACUACAUGAUUUACUGCGCUCAAUACCCAAAAGAUUGGUUCAGUGACUUCAGAUUUACAUCAGGUGUUCUGUUGUUUUUGUUUGGCAUGGGAAUCAAUAUUCACAGUGACAUCCUGCUACGCCAGCUAAGGAAACCUGGAGACUAUACUUACAAGAUUCCACAAGGGGGACUGUUCACAUAUGUAUCUGGAGCUAAUUUCUUUGGUGAGAUAGUGGAAUGGUUUGGCUAUGCCAUAGCAACCUGGUCCAUACCAGCCUUUGCAUUUGCACUUUUUACACUGUGCUUCAUUGGGCCACGUGCUUAUCACCAUCACAGGUACUAUCUCAGGAUGUUUACAGACUAUCCAAAAUCAAGGAAAGCCCUGAUUCCUUUCAUUUUUUAA